AUGUCUUCAAUCAUGGAGCCACCACCCACCCCCGAGUUCGAUCCGGCGAAGCCCAAUGGCGGCAACCCAGAUGUCGAGAAUGUCAACCUUCAGUACACAGGCCUGGAGUUCCACUACAUCUAUCUCAUGAUUAUGGCCUUCCUUGUGUUCCUCAUCAUACCUGGAAUCGGCUUCCUCUACUCUGGUCUUUCUCGUCGCAAGUCGGCCCUCUCCAUGUUAUUCCAGUCUUUUGCAGUCAUGGGAGUUGUUACCUUCCAGUGGAUGUUCUGGGGCUACACGCUCGCGUAUUCUCGCACUGCCAGUCCGUUUAUUGGCAACAUGGAUAACUUUGGCCUCAAGAACGUCAUGUCUGCGCCAUCUCCCGGCUCAUCGUUCUUGCCCGAGAUCGUCUUUUGCCUGUAUCAGAUGCUCUUUUGUGCAUGCACUGUGCAGCUCGUCGUCGGUGGAUCAUUUGAACGCGGUCGCAUCCUACCUUCAAUGGUCUUUGCCUUCUGCUGGGCGACUAUCGUGUACUGCCCCAUCGCAUGCUGGACAUGGAACGCGAACGGAUGGUUAUUCAACCUUCCUUCACUUGACUUCGCCGGUGGGGGUCCCGUCCACAUCGCGUCCGGCUGGUCCGCCCUCGCAUACGCUUUCGUCCUCGGCAAGCGUCUACACAAGGGUGACAAGAUUCACGGAAAGGCUCACAACCCCACACUGGUCUUCAUAGGCACUGUCUUCAUCUGGUUUGGGUGGUUCGGCUUCAACGGAGGUAGUGCUCUCAAUGGCACAGUCCGCUCUAUGCUGGCGGCGUUCAACACCAACACCGCCGCCAGUUUUGGCGUGCUUGGUUGGGUAUCGGUUGAGUACGUCCGUACCAAGGGUCACUUUUCCGUCGUCGGUGCUUGCUCUGGAGCCAUCGCUGGUCUUGUUGGUAUCACUCCCGCUGCAGGUUAUGUUUCUGUGUGGAUCGCUGCUCUAAUCGGCUUUCUCACUGCGGCCGUCUGUUCUCUUUGCCAGAACGUCGACAAGUGGAUUAAGAUCGACGAGGGCAUGGAUGUCUUCAAGCUCCACGGAAUUGGUGGCAUGGUUGGUUCAUUCCUCACCGGCAUCUUCGGCCAAGCCUGGAUCUAUGACCUUGACGGCAUGGGUCCCUACGACGGCCUCGGUGGCAUGGACGGUGUGGGCGUUCAGAUCGGUCGCCAAUUGGCCGAGAUCGUUGCCAUCGCCUCCUACUCUUUCGUCGUCUCCUGCAUUCUUCUGUACAUCCUGAAGUUCAUUCCUGGCAUGCAUCUUCGUGUCACCUCAGAAGCUGAGAUGAUGGGUCUGGACUACGACCAGUUUGGCGGUGAGCAGAUUGGCGACUGGAGUAUCAUGGACCAGAACCACUACGAGGCGAAUGUCAGCAGCUCAAGCAGCCAGAAUGUGCCUACAUCUGUUCCUGCGGCAGCGGUCGGAAAGCAAUCGUAA